AUGUCGACUACCGACAGAUCCAGCAGUCCCACCCUAGAGGGCCAAUCUUCCGAUGAAAAGGUGAUCAUCUCGAGCCCAGAAGCAGCAGAGAAUGCAGGGCCAGAAACUGCUCCUACAUCAUUCUCCUCAACUUUCCAAGAGGCUCUCUUUAUCUUCGUUAUUGGCAUGACCCAACUCUUCUCAGUUGGUGGUCUAGGCGUUGCCGCAUUCUCGAUGAAGGAGAUAGGCGCAUCUCUCCACUCAACUAGCAAUGGAGAGAUGUCGUGGUUCUUAGCCUCUUAUUCCCUUUGCGGUGGUGUCUUCGUCCUUAUUACUGGACGUCUUGGUGAUCACUUCGGUCACAAGUAUGUUACUAUAUUUGGAUGGAUCUGGAUGGCUAUCUGGUCUCUGAUCUGCGGCUUUGCCCACGACGUCGUUCUAUUUGACAUCGCGCGUGGAAUGAUGGGAAUUGGCAAUGGUGCAUUGGUUCCCAAUUCCUUCGCACUGCUAGCACGUGCAUUCCCGCCUUUAUCAAUCAAGAAAAACAUCGCCUUUGCCUUUUUAGGCUUCUGUGCUCCUUCUGGAUACAUAUUCGGCGGCCUUAUCGGGGCUGCCUUCGGUGAGAAAGUUACCUGGAGAUGGGGAUUUUGGUUCUGGGCUAUCGGCUGCCUCAUUCUCGGUCUGGCAACUGUUGUCAUUGUCCCUCACCGUGUCGGCUCCCCCAUCCCAGGACUGACUUUCCGCCAGUUCGAUUACAUGGGAAGCUUAAUAGGCAUAUCAGCUCUGAUUCUAUUUUCCUUUUCUUGGAAUCAGGCUUCAGUCGUCGGUUGGCAAACUCCCUAUAUCUACGCCCUGCUGAUUGUCAGUAUCUUUCUGCUCGUUGGUUUCAUCUUUACCCAGUCUCACGUGGCUGCACCCGUCCUGCCGAACUCUCUCUGGGGUCGUCCAGGAUUCACUCCUGUGGUCACAGCCAUGGCAUUUGGCUGGAUGUCUUUUGGAAUCUUCCUCUACUAUACCACCAUUUUCAUUCUCACUAUCCAUAAGGAACCUCCACUUGCUACAGUGGCUCAAAUGGUUCCCCUGGUCAUUGGUGGACUGUUUGCAACCUCUGCUGUUGGGCUCUUUGUCGACAAGACCCCCGCACAGUAUAUUUUUGGCGUUUCAAUGUUCUCCUUCUUCCUCGGCAAUCUGCUCAUGAGCUUUGCCAGCUACUCGAACGUCUACUGGGCCUUCAUCUUCCCCGCAUGUCUUCUUGUCGUAGGUGGACCUGACCUGUCCUUUGCCUCGUCCGGAGUUCUCAUUUCCAACGCUGUCCUACCCGAGGAGCAAGGUGUGGCUGGAUCCUUUAUCUCGACUGUUGUGCAGUAUUCCAUCUCCAUUGGUCUCGGCAUUGCGGCCACUGUUGAGUCUCAUGUCAACGAUGGGGGCAAAGACCCGAUCCGCGGCUACCGGGGUGCUCUCUGGCUUGGAAUCGGAUUUGCAGUUGUGGGAUUUUUCAUUGUGAUUUUCUUCGUAAAAGACCAUCGAUUUGAUUCGAAACAAGCGGCGGGGGACAAGCCAGUUCCCGAGGCUAUUCCAGAGACAGCAGAUCUUUGA